AUGGCUCUCAGGCAGGUGCCCCGAUGCCUUGGCCUGUUGCGGGCCCUACGCAGCGACCACUGUGCUGGCGCCGGUCAGAUUUGCACUCUAGAGCGCUGCCUGUCAAGCGCUGCUGUGACGUCGGCGCAAGGGGAGGCAGGGAUGGAUCAGCAGCGUCUGCAUGGCCGGGCUGAUGGGUCCUCGGUGGGGGCGUCGGGCACGGGGAGCCCACCGCAGCCGCCUUGGACGCCGACGCAAGACCUGAGGAAGAGGAAAGACUAUUUCAAACGGGGGGCGCACAUGAUUGAG